GGCUCGGCUCGGCUCGGCUCGGCUCGGCUGCGCGGCCGCGGACGGACGGACGGGCGUGCGCAGGGGGCGCGGGGCGCGGGGCGCGGGCCUCGGCGGUGGCGACGGCGGCGGCGGCGGAAGCCUUGUGCCCCCGCCCGCCCGGUCCUCUCGCAGAGGCGGAGGCAGCGCGCGCCGGCCGUAGCUGAGCGGGCGCAGGCGCGGGGGGCAGCGGCGCGGGGGAGGCGCGGGGUCUCGGAGCGAGCGCGGCCCGCCGGGCGCCGCCGACCCGGCCCAGCCGACGGACGGACGGACUCGCGCGGACGCGGCCCCUCCCUGCCGCCGCCCGCCCGCGCGCCCGCCCGGGGCGCCCACCUCGCCGGCGCCGGGCCCGGGAGCGAUGACAUCGACGGGGAAGGACGGCGGCGGGGCGCAGCACGCCGCAGUAUGUGGGGCCCUACCGGCUGGAGAAGACGCUGGGCAAGGGGCAGACAGGCCUGGUGAAGCUGGGGAUCCACUGUGUCACGUGCCAGAAGGUGGCCGUCAAGAUCGUCAACCGGGAGAAGCUCAGCGAGUCUGUACUGAUGAAGGUGGAGCGGGAGAUCGCGAUCCUGAAGCUGAUCGAGCACCCCCACGUCCUCAAACUGCACGACGUCUAUGAAAACAAAAAAUAUUUAUAUCUGGUGCUAGAACACGUGUCUGGUGGAGAGCUCUUUGACUACCUGGUCAAGAAGGGGAGGCUGACCCCCAAGGAGGCCCGGAAGUUCUUCCGCCAGAUCAUCUCUGCGCUGGACUUCUGCCACAGCCACUCCAUAUGCCACAGGGAUCUGAAACCAGAAAACCUUCUACUGGACGAGAAGAAUAACAUCCGGAUCGCAGACUUCGGCAUGGCGUCGCUGCAGGUUGGCGACAGCCUGCUGGAGACCAGCUGCGGGUCGCCCCACUAUGCCUGUCCGGAGGUGAUCCGGGGAGAGAAAUACGACGGCCGCAAGGCAGACGUGUGGAGCUGCGGCGUGAUUCUGUUCGCGCUGCUGGUGGGGGCGCUGCCCUUCGACGACGACAACCUGCGGCAGCUGCUGGAGAAGGUGAAACGCGGGGUCUUCCACAUGCCGCACUUCAUCCCGCCCGACUGCCAGAGCCUGCUGCGCGGCAUGAUCGAGGUGGACGCGGCGCGGCGUCUCACGCUAGAGCACAUUCAGAAACACAUAUGGUAUAUAGGAGGCAAGAACGAGCCGGAGCCGGAGCAGCCUGUCCCUCGCAAGGUGCAGAUCCGCUCCCUGCCCAGCCUGGAGGACAUCGACCCCGACGUGCUGGACAGCAUGCACUCGCUCGGCUGCUUCCGGGACCGCAACAAGCUGCUGCAGGAUCUGCUUUCCGAGGAGGAGAACCAGGAGAAGAUGAUCUAUUUCCUCCUCCUGGACCGGAAAGAGAGGUACCCGAGCCACGAGGACGAGGACUUGCCGCCCAGGAACGAGAUAGACCCGCCCCGGAAGCGCGUGGACUCCCCGAUGCUCAACCGGCACGGCAAGCGGCGGCCCGAGCGGAAGUCCAUGGAGGUGCUGAGCGUGACGGACGGCGGCUCCCCUGUGCCCGCACGGCGGGCCCUGGAGAUGGCCCAGCACGGCCAGAGGUCCAGGUCCAUCAGCGGUGCCUCCUCGGGCCUGUCCACCAGCCCACUCAGCAGCCCCCGGGUGACCCCUCACCCCUCUCCGAGGGGCAGUCCCCUCCCUACCCCCAAGGGGACGCCUGUGCACACGCCCAAGGAGAGCCCGGCUGGCACGCCCAACCCCACGCCGCCAUCCAGCCCCAGCGUGGGAGGGGUGCCCUGGAGGACGCGGCUCAACUCCAUCAAGAACAGCUUCCUGGGGUCGCCCCGCUUCCACCGCCGGAAACUGCAAGUUCCGACGCCCGAGGAGAUGUCCAACCUGACUCCGGAGUCGUCCCCAGAGCUCGCCAAGAAGUCCUGGUUCGGAAACUUCAUCAGCCUAGAGAAGGAGGAGCAGAUCUUCGUGGUCAUCAAGGAUAAGCCGCUGAGCUCCAUCAAAGCUGACAUCGUCCACGCCUUCCUGUCGAUCCCCAGCCUCAGUCACAGCGUCAUCUCCCAGACGAGCUUCCGGGCGGAGUACAAGGCGACCGGGGGCCCGGCUGUGUUCCAGAAGCCGGUCAAGUUCCAGGUGGACAUCACGUACACGGAGGGCGGGGCCGCGCAGAAGGAGAACGGCAUCUACUCGGUCACGUUCACGCUCCUGUCAGGCCCAAGCCGCCGCUUCAAGAGGGUCGUGGAGACCAUUCAGGCCCAGCUGCUGAGCACACACGAGCAGCCCUCAGCCCAGCACUUGUCAGACACCACUAACUGUAUGGAAAUGAUGACGGGGAGGCUUUCCAAAUGUGGAAUUAUCCCGAAAAGUUAACAUGUCACCUCCACGAGGCCGCCCUCCGUGCUCUCCGCCGGACUCCGGCUGACCGAAGGCAGCUGCCGCAGACCCGCCCUCUCUCCUCCUGCCGCCCGCCCGCCCGCCUGCCCGCGCGGCAGCUCUGCCCAGUUUCAGCUCCGCAUGGCCAUGGGGAGGAGGACCCAGGCCCCCCAACUGGACGCGCGCUGACUAGCGCCCUCGGCGGGUCCAGCCGGCCUCCGGGGCGGGCCCGAGGGGGCGAAGCAGUCGUCUGGCCCAGCCGCCUCGGCCUCUCCCCGGCGCGCCCCUCCCCCACCCCGCCGCUCCUCGUCCACGUCCACGCACCUCAGCGCCGCCCACCUGAGCCGCCGCGUCCCCCCCCCAGCUCCCUGGGGGCCGCAGGUGGAAAGAGACCCAGGGCCCAGCGUGCCCGUCGCCCCGAGGCUGGCCGAGAUCAGUAUUAUUUAUUUGCUGUUUUAACUUAUUGAGUUUCUUCUCUGUUCAGGGAAGGGGCAGCAGCAGCGCCGUCCUGCCGUCUGUCCGUCCGUCUGUGUGUGUGUGUGUGUGUGUGUGUGUGUGUGUGUGUGUGUGUGUGUGUGUGUGUGUCUUGGGCAGGGUGGGGUCUGGGCCAAGGUGCCCCAUGGACAGAGCCGUCGGGGUGCUGGGGGCAGCCGGCCGGUGCAGCGCCGGCAAGCUACUGUAAACUUUAAAGAAUUCCUGCAAGAUAUUUUUAUAAACUUUUUUUCUUGGUUGUUUUUGGAGAAGGGUGUUGGGGGGGCGGGCCGAGGGGCAGGGCUAGACUUGGAGUUCGGUUCUUUCUAUACACACACAUAUAAAUAUAUUUAGAGAAUGGCGUGGUUCGCUCUGUCCCAGGUUCGGUCUGAGGAGACGUGACUCCAUCCUGGGGGGCCCGGGCCGGGGCCCAUCUUGGUUUUGUGUCCGAGUGUGGGGCCUGGGGAAGGCCUGAGUUGGCCCCCUACACAUAACACGCUAGACAGAAGAGGCAUUGCAGGCUUUUUUUUUUUUUUACUAAAAUGACAAAAAAUUGAAAAAAAAAAAACCAAGGACAGAGAGAAAGGCAGCGAGUCCCUGCCUCCGGAGGGCCGCGGCGGCAGGCGCGGUUGCAUGCCCUGACCGCCACAAGUCCACCUCACGUCCGCCUGCCUGCUCGCCCGUCUGGAUACAUUUUAAUGCUUCUGUUCCAUUGACCCCGCCCCAGGCUGGGAUCUCAGUACACAACAAAAAACGAAACACCUAUAACAGCAAAAGCCACGCGGUCCCCGUGGGAGGGGCUUCUCCAGAGCCGAGGACCGGAAAGCAAUACCUCUCGUUAGCCUUCCUCUUUUGUACUCGGACACACAGACGUCACGGAAGCGGACGCGCCCCACCCCGUGUACCCCCAUCAAAUAACUGUGAGCAACUUAGUUCCGAACAAUAAAUUCCUUCCGUAAAGUCA